CGGUGACUGGCUGUGCUCUCAUCACCGUAACCGCCCGCUGUCAAUGGUGGGAGGGAGGGGAGAGGUGCGCUGCCGUGCGUGAUGCAUGGCCCUCAAAAGGCUCUCUGGCCCCCAGCGCUGAACUCGAGAGGUCUGAUGGGCGACUGACUGAGAGACCUACAUCGUCGACACUGAGCCACUUCCGUUGAUCAUCUUUGCGACUUCACAAAAAAAGUACGAUUGUCGACAGCAGGGCGAGAGAGAGAGUAACCCUGUUAACCCUGUCUCCGAAUAGCUAAGCUGCUGCGCAUCUUGGCCAUUGUUCUCUGCACAAAAAUCUCUGUUCCACAUCCGCCGCCAUGUUCUACUCAAUACUUUCAGCUCUGGCGAUAUGUCUGUCGUUAGUGAACGGACACACUGUGAUUUCUUAUCCAGGCUGGAGAGGAGACAACUUGGUCACAAAUGAGACGUUUCCAUUCGGCAUGCAAUGGAUGUAUCCUUGCGGCGGAAUGGGUACCUCGCGCAACCGCACCACCUGGCCCAUAGGCGGCGGUGCUCUCGCCGUGCAGCCGGGCUGGUUCCAAGGGCACUCCAAGGGCUUCUUCUACGUCAAUAUGGGCUUUGGCACCAAUGGGCCUGACAAUGGCCCCAAUAACUUCACCAACGUCAUGGUCCCCAUCUUUGAGUUCACAGGACCCUCGAACGGACCGUAUCCGGGCACCUUCUGUCUGCCGCAGAUCCCGCUGCCAGCGAACGCGACCGUCAAGGCGGGCGAUCUCGCGACGAUUCAGGUCGUGAUGACAGCACAGCACGGGGCGAGUCUAUUCAAUUGCGUCGACAUCAUCUUCGCAGAGCCAGAGAACGUCGCAGAGGUCAACAAAUCGAACUGCUUCAAUAGCAGCGACAUCGGCUUCAACAAUGUCUUCACAUCACAAAUUUCCGGCGCCGAUUUGUCAAUAACCAUCUCGAUGGCCGUCCUCACACCCAUACUAUUACUCAGCAUGUGGGGUCUAUCAUGAUGAGAUAGAGAUGACAAGCCUGUGAAUCGGCAAUGAUGGGCUGGAGGCAAACGGGAGGGUUCGCGUACUUCUCCUGGGGGUCUGGAACAAACGAGCGGGUUCCUGGGCAGCGCGGCAAAAUGCACCGCGGUUUUUGUAUACAGCAUGGCGGAGAUGGGGAUCGGAUGGGAAAGAUGGCGCUGGGGCGUUUUAUUCACAAUAUUUUUUUACUUCCAUAGGAUGGAUGGAUGCCGCAGAGGCUGAUUUGCAUCUACAUAUACCCCCGUUAUUAGGGGAUCUUUAUACCAGGGGAUUGAAGUGCCAGGAUGGGCAAGGAGAGUAUGUAGAUGUAAUGAAUGAGAAGCAACGGAUUAUACUCCGCUG